AUGGAGGAGGAAAAGUUCGGGGCCCAUCAUCACCAUAUGAUCACUCAUGAUGAUGAGCCAACAAACACGGGCCCUCGUAGGGUUACCCACCGGAACGAACCUCGUCGCUCACCCGAGCCAUCGAACCGGGCAAAGGAGAGCGGGGGAUCGGCGGCCAAACGAAUUACUCGGGCGAAUGGUGCUAAUUAG